AUGAGAAGCCGAGGCCAACUUUUAUUAUGGAUUUCCUCUUCAGAGGCAACUUUCUGUGCUGAUCUUUAUCAUUACUACUGCGUUCAGCUUGACAAGUUAUCAUGCCGUAUAGCAGAGUGUGGGGCUUCAAUAACGGAGUUGGAGAAAAGAAGAACAAUGUUGGAGAUGUCAAUCAACGAUCUUGAGGGCAGUCAUGCUAAACGACGAGUCCUUGAAGACCAACUGACUCGAAUGCUGGUUGUGGGCAGAAUAUCGAGUGUGGAGAAGGAACUUGCCGAACUGGUCUGUCCCGGCGAAGAAAAGGAUGUUAUCUACAAAGAGCGGGAUAAAGCAGUAAAGGAACGAGACGAGUCUGGUCUAGAGAAAGCACGUCUCAAAGGACAACUGGAAGAGAUAGAGAAAAAGAUCAACGACGCCAUGAUAGCGCUCUGCAGUAAGGAGAUGAAACAAGCAGAGAGUCUUUACCAUGAAGUUGUUGUGAGCAAGAUUGUCACGCAGGAGAUGAUUUCGGAUUUGGAGAAGUACAUGCAAUGCCUUGACAGCUCGAUCAUUCAGUUCCACAGCGAUAAAAUGAUUGCAAUAAACAGAAUUUUGGAUGAUUUGUGGCGUAAGGUCUACGGUGGCACUGACAUUCAAUCUAUAAGUAUCAAAUCAGAAUGUGCAGCAAGUACAGAAAAGAGGAAGGUUUAUGACUACCGGGUAGUGAUGGUGAUCAAAAAUGGUGUCGAACUAGAUAUGAGGGAUCGUUGUAGUGCAGGGCAAAAGAUGCUGGCAUGUAUACUUAUUCGAAUAGCAUUGGCUGAUGUAUUUGGAGGAGCAUGCUCAAUAAUUGCACUCGACGAACCAACGACAAACCUUGAUGCGUUGAAGGUUGAUCACAUUGCUGGUAUGCUGAAUAAUCUCAUUGCUGUGCGCAGAAGGGGCGAACACAAUAGGCAAUUCCAGAUGAUUGUUAUCACGCAUGAUGAUCAUCUGGUGGGCAAGCUGAUGAUAGGGUCGAAACCUGAAUUCAUAUAUGUUCUCGGGAAGGAUAAUCACGGAGUAUCUCACAUAAGACGACAGUAUUCAGACGGGCGUUUCGAAGAAGCAAACUUAGCCGCAAUUGAACAGUGA